UUCAUCGGGCUGUGCUACUACCAUUGGCAGAAUGACGGAGGCCAUUGUCKUGWUSCGGUCRRCACGUGCGYCAUKAUGCAUUCUUCCCCACAGAUUCCUUGAAGUUCAAUGGCGAAGGGUCCCCCACAAAUUGUKGGAAUYUGUAUCGAAUCGAAUGGAACAGAACAAAAUUUGCAGCGGAACUCUUGCGGGAGCACUCCCCAAACMAUCUGGAACAACACGGAUUUUGGUAGAGACUCGGCGUUCUGCUCAAACAAACAAGAACCAUAAUGCACAAAACGAACCGCUUCUGCCCAACAAACAAMCAAAGAAGCAAGCAAGCAAGCAAACACGGCCCACACCAACCACCAACAAGUGCACAAUGACAUCCCUUGCCAACAAAGAACAACCCUCCAGCAACGCGCUACAGGAGAGCAACACGACGGCCUUUCCGGUUUUGUCCUUUGCGGUCGAAAAAGAAACAGAAACAGAAACCCCCUUCGCUGCGGCCCUGGAUCUCGUCGUGUCGUCGUCGUCGUCGUCGUCGUUGACGAAAGCGGAACGCGCGGCUUCCGAACCGACCCACCCGGGGAGUAUCACGGACACGAACACGGACACGAUUGCAGACACAACGCUUAGAAGACCCAAGCACAAGCACAACGACCGAAAACGAAACAGAGACAGAAACGAAGACAGAGGCAGAGACGAAGACGGAAACGAAGACAGAGACAACGCGCAACCACCACCACCAUUGGGUUCUUCGCGGCGGCCGGCUUGUGUGUGCCACACGGCUCCGCUUCGGCCACUGCCGCGCGCGCUGUUUUCCACCGAAGGCGGACCCGGAUUCGAAUCCGGAUUCGAGUUCGAAUCCGUGUUCGAAUCGAGUCCCCGAUCCGUUCGCUCGAUCCUCGGCGAGGCCCUCGCCAUUCUCGAAUUGGACGAGGACGAGGACGGUCAAGGCSCCACCCAUCCAGGGAAUCGGCGGUUCCCGGCCGGGGACAAGGCGGACCCUUUGCUUCCGGCGUUUCGCCAACAAUGAGAAGAAGACCAAAAGCAGCACGGGCAAGAACCGCAAGAACUGCAAGAACCACAACACCGGCAUGGCACGCCUUGCACCGGAAGCUAGGAUAAUAUAUAUAGAUGUAGAUA